AUGGACGAUGAAACGAAGAAAAGGAAACGUGAUGAGAUUGAGAUAAUGAAGAAGGAAAAACGACCGGUGGGAUUGUUUGCAAAAGUGAAAUAUUAUGUGAAACGAUAUUGGUACAUUGCCGUUCCAGUGCACUUCAUCGGUAGUUUAAUGUGGUUCGGUGGUCUAUAUGCCGCGGUCAAAAGUGGUAUCGAUGUUGUGAAUAUAUUAGAGCAUUUGCAUUUGUCUGAAACACUUAUAGACAAAGUUAGAAGUACACCGCCGAGUGCAGGUGUUUUGGUGUUCACGCUGAUUCUGUACAAGAUUGUUUCUCCACUUCGAUAUGCAACUACAUUGGCAGGAAUACAAAUUGUUUUUUCAACGUUGAAGCGAAUGGGUAAGCUACCGAUCGCUAAGGAAGUGGCGUACGAAAUUCGAUCGAAAUAUGAAAAUGAAAUGAAGAAAAUUGGUCGGCAUUAUCAUAAGUAUAGUAAGGCUGGUGUUCGAGCUGUGAAGCGACGUUUAUCGAAUGAGAAGCGUGAUGCUUGA